CUUCAGCAGCUGUUGCAAGAGCAACACAGCGCCAUGACGAGGCUGCAGUCCCACGCCCAUCUACAGCAAGUGAAAGCAAAUCUUCUGACGACGUCAUUGCGCGCCAAACUCCGCCGCAAAGAACGUAAACUGAAUCUGUUGAAGUCAGAACAUGAACAGCAAAUCUCCGCUGUGUUAUCCCAUCUGCUCUACCUGGAGGGCCAUAUGCAGAAAGAGCAGAAUCAGGUCCUUGAGAUCCUCCACGAUAAAGAUGAGAUCAUUAUCCGACAAGCUGGAGAAAUAAAAGAAUUAAGAGCCCAGAAUAACCGCUUUAGGGAACAGCUGAAGGAAAGACCAGGGUAUCCACCAGAUAAUGGUUUAGUGAAAACAAUAUCGCAUCUUGCACACCCAGAUGAGCCUACUUUGGUGCCAGAUACUGAAAACAGGAUGUUUCUUCGCGGGAGUAAAAACAAACAGGGAGAGCAAAUAUAUGGAAACGGGCAUAGAGUUCGAUUUAGCGAAAUGAAGGAUAGAUUACGCCGCCAUAAGAGCAGCUUGGAGCUCUAUCAGCACGAGCCACUGGAAACUCUAGUGGAAAGUAAUCUCAAGUAUGGAAGCCAGGAGAAUCUCAUAGCAGCAGAAGGAAAUCAGUCAAAGAUCCACAGUCGUAAGGACAAGUGUCAAAGCCUUAUUGACUAUCCAAUGUUUCUUCAUGACCGAGCCGGUAGACUUACGGACGACGGCGAUGGUCAGUUAGAGGAUUUCCACUCGCCAAUUAUCUCUCGACAUGAUUCAACAUCUUCCUUGGUGAUUUUUGAUGAAAAGACGGCAAAACAACACGGAACGUUGUCAACUUCUCUUGCCUAUGGCUUUAACGAACUGUCAAAAUCGAAAUCCGUUCCACACGCCUUAUCGAUGGUUUCUGAAAAGGAAUCUGUUGUAGAUAGUUUCAAAAUGCGACCAAAAUUUCUACCAAAUACUGCAAUGUCAACUAAAAACAGCCUUUCUGCAACGGCUACCACCACAACAAUAACUCCAGCAACCAUAUCUGCCUCAAGUUCUAUGAUCAACCUCUCCCCACAUCGCAGUCAAACAACUGUUUCCUCGCCAACGGAGUCAAAUCCCUUUAAAAGUUUCAAGAAUGUCUUCAAGCGAAAAGGAAGCAAGAAGAAAAAGUCGGCGCCAUCUUCUUCUAGCAAGGACCAAAAAGAUGCAGUAAAAUAG